CUGGUAGCAGAAAAUCCCAACCGGAUUGGCCACCUUAUCCACGCAUCGGCCUCGUCACCACACUUUGCAAAUGCGCGGCAUUCCAUGCCAACCUCAGCAAAGAACAAUGUCGCAGCAAAUCCUCCCUCCCACCUCCAAGCCAACACCGGCACCGACUCAGCGCCACCGCCCUUCGCCGUCGCCUAAGCUCAGUCGCCGCGCCGCUGCCACGGCGAUCGCCAUCGCGGCCGCGCCUGCGCUCCUGACCGUCUCGCCGGCGUCUUCCAAGGCGCAGGAAGCCGCCGUUGCCGCUGCCCCCGCCGCCGCGGCACCCCUCUGCAUUGCCGAGCUGCCCGUCACCUCCAAGGCCUUCCUGGACGUGUCCAUCGGCGGCGAGCCAGCUGGCCGCAUCACGGUCGGCCUGUUCGGUGACGCGGCCCCGGCCGGCGCGUCCCGUUUCCUGUCCCUCGUCACGGGGGUGGGGUACCGGCGCAAGGAGUUCGUCAAGAUCGUGCCGGGCUACGUGCAGCACGGCGGCGUGGUAUCGUACCCGGCCAGCCCGGCGGUGACGGACCGUCUGGCCGCCGAGGCGGGCGCCCUGCGCGCGCGGUGCCGCGGGGGAGGCGGGAGCGUACACGGCGCGGCGGGCGCGGUGUCGAUCGUGGUGAGCGACCCGAGCCUACCGCCGCCGAAGCCGAAGCUGGUGGCGAAGGGCGGGAAGCUAGAGGUGGAGGAGGAGCAGGUGGGCGUGGCGCCCAACGGCACCGAGUUCGUGAUCACCACCAAGGAGGCACCGGAGCUGGACGCGUCGGCGGUGCUGGUCGGGAGGGUGCUUGACGGCAUGGACGUCGUGGACAAGAUCGCUGCCGUCCCCACUGUCAAGGACAAUGCCGGCUCGCCCUACUUCAGAGUGGCCAAGCUGAUCGGUGACAAGAGGGCAGUGGUUGCAGAGAGAGGCUUCAACCGCCCAUACACCAAGGUCCUAGUCACCAACUGCGGCGUGCUUAACUGAGCAUUGCACUUGAGCUGAGCUGAUCUGAGUAGUGCAAACAAACGACACUGAUCGUUUUGUUAGCUCGAGAGUUCCUUCUCUAAUACACCCCCACCCCGCCCACAGUUCAUGGUCUUUUUUC